AUGGAUCCUGUCGCUCCUUCGCUCGUGUGGUCAGACUCGAAAUCAGUCCCGAUGGAAAUUGUUUCGCGGGAGCGCCGAUCAUCGUCGCUGGUCAGGGCAACCGACAGCAGCCCCGAAUUCGACCGCGGUGCAUCGAGAUACAACAUUGGUCCAUACUGUGACGUUGAGUGUACCGCGACCCCGUCUACGGCGAAGGGUAAAGUAGACAAGCUGCCGUUUCUGGGUCCACCAGACCCUUCCUACUCACCUCCCGAGAAGUGGCUGUUCCUGGCCGGAUUCUUGUUUUUCCCUUUGUGGAUCAUUGGUGGGUUCUGGAGGUGGAGGGAACAAUACGACAGUUUCGCAGAACUAUUCAGAUGGCGAUGCCAGGUCAUGACCAUGCUGGUGUUCGUUAUUACCAUUGGAUUAAUCUUCGUCGAAGUGAUCUUCAGAGGCAAGUGA